UUGUGAAGGAUCCUAAGCACAAAGCCAUCAGUCUCCGCUCCUGUGUGGUUCUCCUAGGUUUGACCAGGCCGUCGCACACAAUGGGAGUCAGCCCUUCCCUGGGGCUCCCACCCAUAGCUGGCCCCCAUCCUGUAGGCUGUGGAGAUGUGAUGGAAGGCCAGACUCGCCAGGGGAGCUUCUUCCGCCUCUUCUACCCCUGCCAAGAACCAGAGGGGGAAGUUGAGCAGCCCCUGUGGAUCCCCCGAUAUGAAUACUUUGUUGGCCUGGCUGACUUUCUACACAUCAAUAAGCGCUGGGGGGGAAUGCUGUUCAACGUAGCUAUGGGGUCCUACCGCCUACCCAUCAGCUGGAAUGGCCACUUUAAACCCCGGGGCUCUGGGUAUCCACUGAUCAUCUUCUCUCAUGGCUUGGGAGCCUUCAGGACACUGUACUCCGCCUUUUGCAUGGAGCUGGCUUCCCGGGGCUUCGUGGUGGCUGUACCAGAACACAGGGACCACUCUGCCUCGGCCACUUACUUCUACAAGCAUACAAAGGGGGACAGCUGCCCCCAAACUGGGUCCCUGGAGGAGGAGUGGAUCGCCUACAGGAGGGUAGAGGAAGGGGAGAAGGAAUUCCGGAUUCGUAACCCCCAGGUGCAUCAGCGAGCCAAUGAAUGUGUUCGGGUUUUAAGGAUCCUGCAGGACAUCACCACAGGCCAGAAAGUCUCCAACAUCCUGCCUGGCGGGUUGGAUCUGAAGACCCUGAAGGGCAGCAUUGACCUAAGUAGGGUGGCAGUGAUGGGACACUCAUUUGGAGGGGCAACAGCCAUUCUAGCCCUGACCAAGGAUACCCGGUUUCGAUGUGCAAUAGCUUUGGAUGCCUGGAUGUUUCCCCUGGAACACAACUUCUACCCCAAGGCCCGAGGCCCUAUAUUCUUCAUCAAUACCGAGAACUUCCAGACAGCUGAGAGCAUCAGCCGAAUGAAGAAAAUCUGUGCCCGUCACAACGAAACCAAGAUCAUAACCAUCCUUGGUUCUGUUCAUCAGAGUCAAAGUGAUUUCACAUUUGUGAAUGGAAAUCUGCUUGGUAAAUUCUUCUCUACCCAAACCCGAGGGAAGCUGGACCCAUACAAGGGUCAGGAGAUUGUGGUACAGGCCAUGCUGGCAUUCCUACAGAAACACCUUGAACUGAAUGAAGAUUACAGUCAGUGGGACAGCCUCAUCGAAGGUGUUGGACCAUCUGUGGCCCCUGGGGACCCGCACCAUCUGAGCAGUCUAUAGAGACAUUGGCCAUCUGGUGAACGGGGACUUGAGCCAAAUUUCUCUUUCCAUUUGGGUAGGGUUAGCCCAAACUGCCAAAUUCAUGGGGCAUCCCUGGUCUUUUGUUAGAAGGCUUCCACCAGGACAGUUCUCAACAAGAAUAGGUAAUCAUGCUGCUGAUUGAAGGGACUGGGCACUUUGAUCUUUGAUUUGAUUUAAAACUCAAACUUGAACCUUGGAGAUCCCGCAGAGCCAAGCCAUGGACAGAUGUGAAAUCCAGGAGCCUGAUACCUUGAGGGCAGAUGGAACAGUUGGGUGGGAUGGGGAUGGGCAAGGGUCCUAGAGCUUAUUCUCUAGCCACCCUCUCUACUCACCUGCUAGAGUGACUUCUCUAAUGGAAUGGGCGAAGUUCUCACUGAUUUGUAGCUCCUGUCUGGAGAGGACUUAGAAAAGGAUUUAGAGGUUGUCUGGUCUAUCCUUCCACCCUAUGCAAGAAUUCCCUCUACGGCCUUCUUAAUACAAGGCUUUCUAACCUCUGCUUGAAUAUUUCCAGAGAUGGAGCGCUCACUGCUUCCGAAAGCAGACUAUUCCAUUUUUAGACAACUCUCAUUUUUCAGAAAGCUUUUCCUGAUGUUAAGUUGAAAUGGUCCUUUUUGUAAUUUACUCCCAUUCAUCCUAUUUCUGUCCUCUAGAGCCCCUCCCCCCCCCAAUUUGGAUAUAAUCUUUCUUAUUCUGUGAAUCUCCUCCAGAAUUUGCUCUAGGCUAGUUUAUUGAGAUGACUAUCCAUAGUCCUCUCCCAUAGUCCCCGAUUAUUCUUCUGCCAUGGUACCUGUGACCCAAGAAAACUUAGUGGGAAGCACAAUCACUGCAUUCAAAUCUGGCAUUCCUUCCUAUAUUUGAGAACACGGUUUUCUCUGACCACAGGCAACAUUGCAAAAGUGAAUGUAGGGACUUUGAGGGAUCAGCUAGUUCAUUCUCCUUGUCUUUGGAAAGAACUAUCCUAAUAAACAAACUAAGACAAUUUUUAAAAAAUCCUUACUUUCAGUCCUAGUAACAAUUCUAAACUAGAAGGACAAGGUCUAGGCAAUUGAGGUUAAGUGACUUACUCAGGGUCACAUAGCUAGGAAGUAUAUAAAGCCAGAUUUGCACCUGGUUCUUCCCGAUUCCAGACCUGGAGCUCUAUCCACUGUGUCACCUAGCUGCCCCUCUAAGACAGUUUCUCACAGGCGCUGUCCUGUCUGUCCCUAAGGAUGGAAACUGAUAACUUCUCCAGACAGCAGCUUUUGCAGGGACUCUUAUCCCUUCUCCUUAACCCUUGAAAUCCUGCCUCAGACGCUUACCAGCCCUGUGACACCGAGCAAGUCACUGCAUGUCCCUCGGCUUUAGUUUCUCAUCUGUAAAGUGAAGGUGUUGGACUCCAUGACCUCUAAGGUCCCUUUCCGUUCUGAAUCUAUGAUCUGUGACCUAAUUCCUCUCCAAAGACAUUUGAUGAGAUCAGAGCACUUUAAUUUCCGAAUUGUGAGCUCCUUAAAGGGGAUAGAUCACGCUUUAUCGGCACCGUGAUUAGCACAGGACUAGGCACAUAGUUCUUUGACGAUACUUGCUGAAUGAGUGGACCUUGGGUCACACUGUUCCUGGGGGGACAGAGAAAGGAACUGAAGUCUGGGUUUUUGGGGUUUCUCUAGGCCUUUGCCAAUAACAGCCUCAGCUGGAAAUCAACAGGAGGAGGGUGAGCCCAGGACAAGAACAAUAAUAGUCUUAUUAAGCAUCCCCUUGUACCAGCCACUGUUAUCAGAGGCCAGUUGGUUCCCUUGGCUCUCUGGAGGAGCUUGGGGACCAACCUGUGUUAUCAUUAGAUUGGGGGCGCUGGGCCUUCCUGGAGAGGGUCACAAUGGGCACUGAGGUGCCGUCUUGCCCACAAGUGCCUUGGGUCUCUGUUUUAAGACUGUGAAGAAACUUGGAAGCAGAGAUUCCAUUUUUCUACUGUGAUCUAUACCUUGCUUUGGUGUUUACUGAUGGGAAAUCAUUCUGAGAUGAAUACUCGUGCAUUUGACAAAUGAUAUAUAUUGUAAUAUUCUUUUUCAUAGCUGCAUUAAACCAAGAUGGGAAGCCAUCUGGACCUGGUUUUA